AAGAGCUCUCUCUCUCUCUCUCUCUCUCUCUCUCUCUCACGUAUGAGGAUCCGGAAGCAUGCGAACAUAUCUCUCUCCCCAUCUCUCCGCACGCGCACCACUCUCCAUCCGCACGUGUGCCAGCUCAACCGCUCGCCGUGGGAUGUCAUGCCAUUUCCUCUCCAAUCCGACGGCCAACCUCACCCAAAUCAAUACCAGAGAGAAGAAAGAGAAGAGGAAGAGGAAGAAGAAGAAGAAGCUGUGAUGGGAAUGGGAAAUGGCGUUUCAUCUAUUGCUGCUGCUGCUGAUGGCAGCGAGGAAAGGGAAUUUUCGAAAGAAGGGAGAGGAGAGAAGAAAAAGAAGAGAGGAGUGGCUUCCGAAAGAGAGAUGAUUCCAAGCAAGGGUAAGACAUGUAAUAAAGAGGAAGAUGAAGGGCAAUCUCAGUUAGACGCUUGCCCGAAAGUUGGAGAGAAGGACGUAGUGGGAGGAAGGCGUGGAAGGAAGAAUCAAGGGAGGGCAUUUUCGUCAAAAUCAGAUUAUUACUACUAUUAUUCUGGGUUUGGUCCUUUGUGGGGUAGAAAGAGAGGAGGAACUCAGCUCCUUGGUGUCCAUGCUCCACCCAUCCCAUCACCAUCAUCACCAUCAUCAUCACCAUUACCAUCGUCAUCAGAUCAUGAUGACCAUGACCAUGACCAUGAUCACGAUCGUCGUAUGAAGAGAGUGAGGAAGCGCGUGAAAGCUCGAUCGCUCAAAUCUCUCCUCUAAAUUAUUCUUUCCUUACUAACAUUCGACGCGCCUCCGGGAGCCCUUCCCAUCUGCACGUGUCAAUAUGGAAACCGUGUGGGAGAUCUCAGCCUUCCAUCAGGUUAGCUUUCUUUCACACGGACACUCUCUUAUGAUUGGAUGAAAUGAGAAUUGAGGUUUGCGAAUUCCAUACCUGUGUUGGGAGCUUUGGCAAUCCACACGCAGGCACUUGUGUGCGAGCUCUGAGCUUUUUAGAUCUUCUUCUCUAAAAGAACCAGGCUAUCUUACGCCUCCAGGUGGUUUACACCGUGCAAAACGGAUGGACGGCUAGGAAGAAAAAUCUUUAAACCGUGGCUUAUCUGACGAGCUAAACUGUCUGAUUUUCUAGGCGCAGUGUUUCUUACAAGAUGGAAAGAUCAGAUCUUGCACGCGUGUACCUUAUCGGCACGUAUGCGUGCGUGCGGAUUGGCAGGGUUCCCGCACGUGUGCGGGAUUAACAAACCCAAAUGAUUUGAGAGUUAUUUUGGGUUUUUUGGUGACGUGGCAGUGGCAUGUACCGUGUAAUUAUGAAGUUAAUGUGGAAGGGUAAUUUUGUCAUUAUCCAAGAACAGUUUGGCGUUGGCGUUGAC